GAUUGGAUUCGACUCGACUCAAGAAAAGAAAAGCAGGAGAGACACAAAAGAAAAAAAAAAGAAGAAACCCUAGCUCGCCGGAGCACCGCCGCCGUCGAGGCCUCCGGUUCCCCGGAAUCCCAACCGCUGGUCCUGUGCGGAGUUGCGGGGUGGUUCACGGCGGGUUCGCUAUGGCCGCGUCGUCGCCGGCAUCCAGCGGGAAGGCGGCCAGCGACUCGUCGGCACCCGCGGUCGCGGUCGCCAACGGCAAUGGGACGACGCCGCAGAAGCUGCCCCCGGCGUCCGCCUUCGACAUGCCCAAGCCCAACCUGCGCGGCCUCAACAAGCCCAAGUGCAUCCAGUGCGGCAACGUUGCGCGCUCGCGGUGCCCGUUCCAGUGUUGUAAGAGCUGCUGCUACAAGGCUCAGAAUCCUUGCCACAUUCAUGUUCUGAAACAGAACAACACAUUGCCAGAUAAGCCACCUCUGUCAACAGCUCCUCUGUCAGAGCAACCAUCAGCUAAUAUACCUUCAACCGGUUCAUCAAGGUUGGCUUCUCUGCAAAGGCUUCCCCAUCAUUUCCUGAAUUCCCUCCGAACAAAGAAGUCCCUUGCCAAAAAGGAUGUUAUGGGCAUAAACAAGUGGAGGUUUGAGAAGCUAAAAGAACAUAUCCAAGGAGACAUCGAUGCUGAAAAUGAAGCGUAUGAAAGGUAUACACAGAAUGUUGGGUUACUGGAGGAAACGUUCGGUCUUACAGAAGAUGCUGCUGAUGAACCUGAACCUGAAGCAACUUCUUCAGAAGAGAGGAUGGAAACAUUGGUUUCCGAGGCAAAGGUGAGGCUGAAAUCGGACUCUGCAAAUGCAGAUGGCUUCCGGGACAGGAUUGCUACUAUUUUGGACCAGAAGAUAAAGGAAUUGCUAGAAAGCAAAAGCACCUACGAGGAUGACAACCCUCCUGACCAAAAUCCAGAUGACCAUCCAAAGCCUGUCAAGUUAUCCAUCAAGCAGCAAAUGGAGAGAGGUGCAAAGAUGACUGAGCUCCUUGCUAAGAUGAUAAGAGCACAGAGUGAGGUUGAUCUGAAGAUCUGCUCUGGUAUUGCGGCGCAGCUGUUUGGAAAGAAGAAUGAAUUGAGCAACCAAGAAUCUGUUGCAUCUGUUACGAUUCCUUAUUCUUUUCCAAAGCUCUGGACUAGGGUGGAGAUUGAUGAUGCCAUGAUGUGUAAGAUCAACGGCGAAUUUUCGUCUUCGACAGAGGUAAUGCAGCUAUAAACCUGGAAUUAAUCUGUUCAGACCCAAUGCUUGUCUACACUAGAAGAACAUGGUUGAACCACAGCUUCUUUUCUGCUUAACCUACUGUUCGUUUAAUGUAAGCAAUUGUAAUUGUUUUCAUCAGAGACAAAAACCAUGAGAGCAACACAGUAGUUUGACCAGUUUGUAUUAAACCAUGACAUGAGAGCAAUACAGUAGUAUAGUUGUUUUUCUUUA